GGCUGGGCGGCCGUGACAGCGCAGCGCCCGGCCGGCCGGCAGUGACAGCCGAGCCCGGGCGGCGGAGCAGGGGCCGGACCGCGCUGCCCGGGGCCGGGCGGGACAUGCGCUUGCCCCCCGCGCUGCACAGCCGCCACCAUGACCGUGGACUUCGAGGAGUGCAUCAAGGACUCGCCCCGAUUCCGGGCAACCAUAGAUGAAGUGGAAACAGAUGUGGUGGAGAUAGAAGCAAAGCUUGACAAGCUGGUGAAGCUAUGCAGUGGCAUGAUCGAGGCUGGGAAAGCCUACAUCACCACCAACAAACACUUCGUCACUGGGGUCCGAGACCUGUCUCAACAAUGCAAGAAGGACGAAAUGAUUUCAGAGUGCCUUGACAAAUUUGGAGACAGCCUGCAGGAAAUGAUUAACUAUCACAUGAUCCUUUUUGACCAGGCUCAGAGGUCUGUCCGGCAACAACUGCACAACUUUGUGAAAGAUGACGUUCGGAAGUUCAAGGAAACGAAGAAGCAGUUUGACAAGGUGCGAGAGGACAUGGAAAUCUCUCUGGUGAAGAAUGCGCAGGCUCCACGGCACAAGCCCCAUGAAGUGGAGGAAGCAACGGGCACCCUGACCAUCACCAGGAAGUGCUUUCGACACCUGGCCUUAGACUAUGUGUUACAGAUCAAUGUGCUACAGGCUAAGAAGAAAUUUGAAAUACUGGAUGCGAUGCUGUCUUUCAUGCAAGCCCAGUACACUUUUUUCCAGCAGGGAUACAGCCUUCUUCAUGAACUUGAUCCCUACAUGAAGAAACUAGCCACUGAGCUGGACCAGCUGGUGAUUGACUCUGCUGUGGAGAAGAGGGAGAUGGAGCACAAGCAUGCACUGAUACAGCAGAGGACUCUCCUGCAGGACUUCUCCUAUGAUGACUCCAAGGUGGAAUUCAACGUUGAUGCCCCCAAUGGAGUGGUGAUGGAAGGCUACCUCUUCAAGAGAGCAAGCAAUGCUUUCAAAACGUGGAACCGGAGGUGGUUCUCCAUACAGAACAGCCAGCUGGUAUACCAGAAGAAGCUAAAGGAUGUCCUCACGGUAGUGGUGGAAGACCUGCGUCUCUGUACUGUCAAGCCCUGUGAAGAUAUAGAAAGGAGGUUUUGCUUUGAGGUCGUCUCCCCUACCAAAAGCUGCAUGCUGCAAGCUGACUCGGAGAAGCUGCGCCAGGCCUGGAUCCAGGCAGUUCAGGCGAGCAUUGCCUCCGCGUACCGGGAGAGCCCUGACAGCUACUACAUCGAAAGACUGGACCGGACUGCCUCCCCGUCUACUAGCAGCAUUGACUCUGCCACGGAUUCCCGGGACCGCAACGUGAAGGGAGAGACCAUCCUGCAGAGGGUCCAGAGCAUUCCUGGAAAUGACCAGUGCUGUGACUGUGGUCAGUCGGAUCCCCGGUGGGCCAGUAUCAACCUGGGCAUUCUGCUGUGCAUCGAGUGCUCUGGGAUCCACAGGAGUCUGGGUGUUCACUGUUCCAAGGUCCGAUCUCUCACGCUGGAUUCCUGGGAGCCGGAGUUAUUGAAACUGAUGUGUGAGCUGGGGAACACCACCAUGAAUCAGAUUUAUGAAGCGCAGUGUGAAGAGCUGGGACUGAAGAAGCCCACGUCAGGGAGCUCCCGACAAGACAAGGAAGCCUGGAUCAAGGUCAAAUACGUGGAGAAGAAAUUCCUGAAGAAGCUGCCUAGCACUGAGGCCCUGGUGGACAACGAGAGGAAACCCCGGCGCUGGAGCGUGAAGAAGUGCCAGCGGCACAACAGCACCACAAAAGCACCCACAGCUCGCAGGAAGUACCGCCACGAGGCAGGAAAUGCAUCGCCAGCAGCACUGUCAUCAGCUGCCACACUGGAGAGGAAAUUCCGGCGAGACUCUCUCUUCUGCCCGGAUGAGCUGGACUCCCUCUUCUCCUACUUUGACACAGGCGCCGGCUCUGGACCACGCAGUCUGAGCAGCGACAGUGGGCUGGGAGGCAGCACUGAUGGCAGCACCGAUGUCCUGGUGUUUGGCUCGGUGGUGGACAGUGUCACGGAGGAAGAGUGUGAAGUGUCAGAGGAGUCUAGCGGCGAGGCAGAGAUCGAACAGGAGGCCUCGGACCUGGAGGACCUACGGGAAUUGCACCCCGGCUUGCUGGUUUACAAGGCGGCCCGGGCCCGGAACCUGCCUCUCAUGGCAGAGGCUUUGGCUCACGGUGCAGAAGUCAACUGGGUGAAUGACGAGGACGAAAACAAAACUCCUCUGGUUCAAGCUGUGAUGGGGGGCUCCUUGAUAGCCUGUGAAUUCUUGCUCCAGAAUGGAGCAGAUGUUAACCAAAGAGAUAUACGGGGCCGGGCUCCUCUGCACCAUGCCACAUACCUGGGCCACACUGGCCAGGUCUGUUUGUUCCUAAAGCGAGGAGCCAACCAGCACGCAGUGGAUGAAGAUGGGCAGGACCCUCUCAGCAUUGCAGUCCAGGCGGCCAAUGCAGACAUAGUCACCUUGCUGCGUCUGGCUCGGAUGAACGAGGAAAUGAGAGAAGCUGAGGGCCCCUUUGGACAACCAGGUCAAUAUCCCAGCAACAGCCCCACUGAGCUCCAGUACAGGAAGUGUAUACAGGAGUUCAUCAGCCUUAAUAUAGAUGAGUGUUAGUGACAACUCCCUCCCCUGCCUCCCCUUUCCAGCUUGAGUGGGCUGAAUUUAGGGAAAGCCCACGGAGCCCCACCCUUGGCAUAUUGGUGUUUCUUGCAGAUUGGCCUGGUUCUGAUGCCUACGGCAGAUAGGUCAAGCUCCGCACAGGAGGGAGAGGGGCCUUUCUGGCUAGCGUAUAAUUGUCAUGCUUGACUCCAGGAUGGUUAUUUUCACGUAGGAGCUUAUUCAGGGCGUACCACAGACUGCGGCUCGUGGGUUUGGGUGUGCAGUGAGUGCACGAGACUGGAGCUUAGUGUAAAAGAAAUAAAAAGAAAAUCCUGUAACGCCAGAAGAAAAUCACCAACGCUACAAGCGAAUGCUGUGUUCAGAACCUGUUGUCUAUCUCCAGCGGUCUAGAUUGACCGUACCCUGAAUUACCGUGUGAACAAAGUUUGUUUGGGAAGGAUUCCUUUGCUGGAGCCCUCUCUUUCCAAUGGUGGUCAGCAACUUGAAAUGCUCGUUAUCCAGAGGAUGACCACGAGGUUUGGAAGCUGCCGGGUCUGGUCAGGAUGCUAAAGCCUGGACUCAGUCUGAAACAGGCCAACUGGGGGUGAUGGUCCUUUGCUACAGAAGGACACGAUAGAAGGGGUAGGAAUGAGAGACCUUAUAUGCUCUCAGGUUUAUACCAGCUAAGCUCCCUUUUUUUAGCUGGUGGUAGCUAGCUGGUCAAAGCCAUAGCUCAUCUGCUUCCCGGACUAGGAUACGAUCUGUUGAGUGUAACGGAAGCAGCCGUGCACAAUUUUUGAGGUUAGGAGAGGCUCGUCGCUGGCGAUGGGCUUUGUGCCAGGGAACAGAAAUCAAAUCAGGCUCCCACCGCCUGAGUGGCUACCUGCAAACAUUAACUUGAGCAUCUGGGGUUUUUGCCCUGGUCACUUCAGAUUUCCUACUUAGCAUUUCUGUGAAAGGGAUUUCUACUUGCAUGCGUGUUGCUAAAUGCUGUCGUCCUUCAUGGUGAUGCAUGCGAGCAGGGCAUCUCCACAGCAGAGCCGGGGAAUCCAGGUUUCCUUGAUCCCGCUGAUCAGUGGGACAGUUUUUGUGUGGUUCUGUUUCCUUUUUUUUUGCUGGAGUGGGGACCUGCUCUUUACUGGGAGCACUUUGGUUCUUUUUUUUUAUGGGCUGUGUUUUUGGGGCACUCGUGGUGUCUCUGCAGAGACAUGGUGCCCAUGCUGUAAUUUCUUUGGAGGGCUUAAGAGAUCAGGUGUAAAAUUGGCAGCCUCUGCCUCUGACUGUGAAUUACCAUGCAAAGCCUGGCUGUGCCUCUCUACGAGCCCAGGCCUGUAAAGUGCUGAGUGCCCUCACCUGCCUUUUUCUUGAAGUCAGUGGUGUCUAGGGGCUCUUAGUGCUUCACAGGAAGAGCUUGGGAUCGUGGAGGAUCUGGAUCUGAAUGAGGAGCACAAGAAGCCAGGAAGAUGCCCCUAGUUCCUGUCCCGUCUGUGAGGUUAGCUGUGAUACACUACAACACUUUCCUCCUCCCACGACUUACUACUUCACUAAAAGCCUUUCUCUGUAUGCCAGCUCCUCUCAGGUUGCUGCCCAGGGUAAUGCACACAAUCUGCUGGUUGCUCUCGGCCCUUGGAUGCUACACACGUCAGCAGCCACCGUGCCAGCCAGUGCUACACCACCAAUGCUGCAAUAGCAAAGAAACUCCUUCCCCCUUUCAGCUUAGGGGCUGGAUCCUGCUCUGUUGGAAGGCAAUGAAAGGGUUCCCACUGGAUCCUUGGAGGCUGGCUAGGGCUAUGCCUCUGGAUUUGGGCCACCCGCUUCCUGGGUUUCUACCGGUCUCAUGGCUUCUUUCCUGUCUUCCCUUUGGGAUCAUGGGAUGCCCAUGCCCUGUUCUCAUCUCAGUUAAACCCACGUGCUAUACAUUCAGAAUAACCCUGUGGAUGAUGCUUUGACCAAACUUUGAAUCUGGACAAAAACAAGCCAAGCCCUCAUUCAGACUCUAUUGUCCUCCGCUAUAUCUUCUCCAUCCGUGCGUUCAUCCUUGGGUCGCAGGGCACAGAGACCACAUCUGUGCUCUUUAUGUAACCAGGCUGGAUUACUUGACCCUUCAGCCUUUAUGUAUUCCUGAUAACUUCCUGCCAUUUGCCUCUGGUGGGGCCCAGAGUAUAUAGCUUGCCACCUGCACUACCCCCUUGAAUCACUCAGCGCCCAGUCUUGGCAAGCCAAGCAAUCCUUUCUCCCUCAGGACUUUUUUCUGGGUCAGCGUUGAGCAAAGGCUUUGCAAUGGGCUUGUGGACCAUAGCAGAGGCCACAUGCCACAGAUUUUACUAUUCCAUACUGAGACAUCACACUCACUGGCGUCACCAGGACUGCAUGCAGCAUUACGUGUGGUCACUGGUUACCACUGCAGUUCAGAGAAAGGGCAUCCAUACGUAGGCCUGUAAUUCAUGGUGCUAAAUGCUUUCCUUCAUUUGCCAUCUGCUCUGCCUUCAGUUCAAGACAAGCUCAGACUUGCUUUCUGUUCAGUACGGUGCCAGAAGUUUUAUUCAGCACUCCCCCACCUCCCUCAGCCACCAAGAAAAUCAUCUUUCCUCUCCAAAACACUUUGGGCCUGAUUCCCCUCCACCGACUAGACAUCUAAGUGGACUAGGAUGUGCAAGUGCAAUCCUAUCCCACCCUGCAUAAACCCUUGAAAACCCAUUCCCACCAUCACCAUCCAUUACCAUCUAUUUUUGUAACGUGCCAUCAUCUUAGCCUUAAGACUGAGUCACAAACAGCAGCAAGGAGGACCCACCCACCUCCUGUAGUGAUUGAUUUUCAGGGACUCGAGAAGGGUAGAAGAGGGAUGGCAUCUGACCCUGUAAACACCAGCUCAUCCAUAAAACAGGCAGGCCCCUUUGAACUCGGUAUGACUCUUUCCUCUGACACUUCCUACUUAGUAGCCCGAGUCUGCUCCCAUCGAUACCAGUGGGACUUCUGCUGUUGACUCCAGCGUGAGUAAGAGCAGGAGCCUGUUGAGCAAACCCAUGGACUCACUGACCCUCAGCAUGGAAGUCUCUGCUUGAAAAGAUGCUCCUUUCUGCAGAGCUUUUAUUGCCGUAAGGGGCUGCCCAGCUGCCUCCCUGCUCUUCACCGUACAGCGAAAGAAUAUGAAUUGCGGACCGCUCUGCCCCCAGCGCAGCAAGCCACACACUUAACUUCAGCAGGAGUACUGGCACACUGAACAGUUACACCUGUCCUGAGUCUUUUAGCCCAAUCUCGCAAAGCACUUACGCACUCAGCACGCGCAGGAUAAAGCAGCAUCCAAUCCAUACGCCGUCAAAAACCCGCUGCGUUUCUUGAGUUAGGAACUAGGGGCUCUGCAGCUCAGGCUAGUUGAUCAUCCCAUCCCAUUUGAAAGACCAAUCUGUGCAAUUUCAGACAUAUCUCCGCCCGGACGUGGUUCUCCCCAAGCCAUGUCUUCCUCCAGAAAAAGACAAUACUGAAUCAAAACCAGGACAUGCCAAGGUGCUUCAAAAUCUUGGAAAAGGAAUAAGAAACAUCUUAUUAGGAAACAUUUCUGCUCUUGCUCAGCAUUCACAAAACCCAACACAGUGGUUUCCAGGAAAUGGCUCUCUCAUGUAUUGUAUGUUAAAUGGCCCCGAUCAGCUUUCCAACUCUUGACAGGGGUUAGAAAUAUAUUGGUUGAUCCUUUCUAUAAAUCAGUCAGAACCGAAGGCAAGGCUUCCAAUCCAGGCCAUUUUAUUUCACAGUCAGCGUUACCGACUCAUGAGAACAAUAUAGAAAUUGUGUACAGUUUGGCAUAUAUAAGCUCGGAUUCUCUCACUGCCGAGGUACACGCGGUUAAAGAAUAUGUAAAUACUGAAGCAAAAAGCAGUGUGUCUGUCAAGACAAUUUAUCUAUUUAAAAUGUAUUGGUACUUUAUUUAGAUUCAAUGUAUAAAGCAACUUUGUGCACUUUUCCUACUUACAGUAUUGGGGGUUUUUUUUAUGUUCUUUUGUUAUGGAUUUUGUGCUGUCUUUUUUAAUUGGUGAAAUUUGUUAAGUAUUUAAUUUAUUAUUGAUACGCCCAGAGGACUAGUGCAAUUUUUAUUCAAUACAGUUUGGCUGUAUUUAAUGUCAGGAUUUUUUUUUAACGUGGCUAGGGCAUUUUUUUUUUUUUUUGAUCCGCCUCUUCUUCCCCCCCCCCGUCUUUUUUUUUCUUUUCCUUUUCUUUUUAUUUUCAUUACACAGAUUGCGAGGCACGUGACGCCUUGCAGCUUGAAAGACAGUAUAACGCUAAACAAAUCCUUGAGUUUCUACAACAAAAAGUUCUCCAGGAAAAAGAAAUGGCUAAGAGGCAUUUAUCAUUUUUUUCCCCACGUUUAUGUAUUUAUUUUUUGGAGUGUGUGUGUGUGUGUGUGUGUGUGUGUGUGUGUGUGCGCGCAUGCACAAAUUUGGAGAUUUGGGAGGGUCAGAGCAGAGGGAAAAUUGUACAUAAAGUUUGUUUUCAGCAAAGCAAAAGGCUAGCCAGGCUACAGGGAAGUCUAGACAUUAAGUCACUUAGGUUUCUUUCUUCUUUAAAUAGGGAUGUAUUUCUCUGUGUUGUACAAUCCUGUUGGCACUAUCUAAUGCCAAAAUGUCUCCCUUUUUGUUCUUCCUUAUAACUCUUCUUUUCAAAGACUUUAUAUGUUACCUAAUACCUACCUUCAGUAACUUGGUUGCAACUACAAUUAAUAUUAAUAUUCAUUAAUAGAUUUGCCUUUGUCUAGAAAGCAACAUCCCAAGUAUUGUGCACAUGAAGGUGGGCCCAAAACCUAAGCCUGGAUUUGAAGACUCUCAGGCUUUUUUGAUGUAUUUGAGCAUGUUUUGCAGAUUAGCCCAUCCUUUUAAUGGGACAAACCAAAACUGUGGAGAUCUAGAUCUCAGUUUUGCCUCUGGGGCCCAUCUCUAAUUCCAAACUGGGUGGAAGCAAUGGGCUGGAAGGAUGUGAAGUUGCUCUCUCUGUAAACCGAUGUAAAUGAGAUGUAAAUUUCUAUCUAAACCAGAGAAAUUAUCCCUCCCUAUUACUUUAUUGCUAAUGGUAAUGGGGAUAUUCUGGCACUUGCAUUCCUUGCACUAAUCGUGUUAAGAGGAAAAAUUCAGAAAUACUGAUGCUUGCAGAGAACGAGAUUCAAUGAGCUGAGACUAAGAGCAUGAGAUUCUGUGAGAUUUGCAGCACCUCAGCCUGGUGAUCCUUGGCAUUAUUUAUGCGAGAGUUGAAAUACGGAAACUCAUAAAGAAAUGAGUUGGAAAGCAAGAGGUGCAAUAACCCCAGUUGAAUCGACGCGGCCAUGGCUGUCUACUUCCAUAAGUCCAGCUGGGAGUGACACGUGGCUCCAGUCUGCAGAGGGUUCCUGCUCUGCACCCCCUGGGCAUCAUUGCUUUCAACCAAAGGCAAAACAAAAAGAACGAGCAGACUCGAGCGAGCUUCGGUCGCUGAUCAGCUGACGACAAACUUGUGUGUGUGAAUGGGUGCGUGUGUGGGGUGGUGUGAUGUUGACGGGUGUGACAGCAGGGAAGGGGACCAAACGGGGCGAGGGAGGGAGAGUGGGAGUGUGAAAGGAUAGGGAAAAAAAAAAAAAAAUAGAAACCAAAAUACAGAGUGCUGUUUCCAUAGGAAUGUGAUGCAUAUCAGUCAAAGCCCUGAAGUCUGCCGUUGCUUCCUCACUGCGUUAUGGACGGUUAGCCUGGGGGAAAGGCUUGCAUGAUGCUCAGUGAAUAGUCAGUGGGAAAAUGGGGCAGUCAGGCACAGCCAGGUAUUCGAGGGCGGGGUGGGUAGGGGGAAAUCCAAAGGGAGCUCCCCUGGUUCCUAAACGUGGCGACGGUGUAGGGGCCCUUAGCAAAUACAUGGAUGGCUGGAAGGUCAGCCAGGCUAGCGGCCUCAUGCACCAGAGUUGCAGCUCAGCUCAGCACCUUUGUGUAGCUAGACAGAAAUGGUUUAUAAUUUGUAGGUCCCGUGCUCCACUAAGUCGCAUCGUGGGAGGUGUCAGGCCUCCCUCUUCAGCUCCAUCGACCCCCAUUUGUAUAAAACCAUCUCAGUUGGUGUCCAUUUAUAGCAUUCAUCAAGCAGCACCUGAAUGUUACUGUGCGUCUUCCCAGUCCUGUGACUCCUCUGUGUUGGACCCAUGGCCGUAGAUGAGGAAGGCGGGAAUUACAGGGGAAUCGGGUUUUGUCGUGGCAAGCGUAGGCAAGCUGGCAGCACUGACCGAGGGCCUGUGAGCCACUGGUGGAAAAGCAAAGCCGAGCUGGCUUCUUUCCUGGCCCCGGGUCCCAUCACUUCCUAUCUAAACAGCACCGAAAGAAAGAGGCUCUCUCAGCCAAGUCAAAGCUGCUAGAUGUGGUUGUUUUAUAGGCUCCAUCAGUGCGAAGGGCCGGGGCUGCCGUACAAGGGACUUACACUUGCUGUAAAUACGCUCUAGCAUAUUAACCUCCUUCACUUGCCUGCUUUCAGUACAAACUUUGUAACACUUUUUUUUAUUUCCCCUUUGCCUAUACAAUCUGUACUGAGUAUAACUAUGGAACUGAAUAUUCUGUAUGUUAUGAUCUUUGUACAAUUUUAAAACCGUUGCCAUGGUGUCUGCUUUUACUCUCUCCUCCCCCCUCUAUUGUCUCUUGAAACACUGUUAAUAAAAAUCUAGAUAAACUCCU